ACACGUGACUCGCCUGACCCGGAAGUGGCGCGCGGGGGACGCUGACGCUGGAACAAAGAUGGCGGCCCGCGGCGCGGCGGCCGUGCUGGGGCUGCUGCUGCUGCUGCUGCUCCGCGCGGGCCCGGCCCGCGCCCGCGUCCAUCACCUCACCCUCAAAGAUGAUGUGAGGCAGAAAGUGCACCUGAAUACCUUUGGCUUCUUCAAGGAUGGUUUCAUGACAGUCAACGUCAGCAGCCUUUCCCUGAAGCCAGCGUUCGGCUCUGAUGACAUGGACAGUUUAUCAGUGGGGUUCAGUUUGGAUCGAACAAGGAAUGAUGUUUUUUCCACUUACCUGGAUGAAGAAGUGGAUUAUUGUAUCUUGAAGAAGACACCAGAACCAGAUGUCUCUGUUGUAAUCUUACUUCUGGAGAUCCAAACUGAAGUUGUGAAAGUACGGUUCUCUUCAGAAGCUGCGUCUAUGUUACCUAAAAUUUUAUUUGUAUCUGAGGAAAAUGGUACUGCCUUAAAUACCAAGCUGCUAAAAACUUCUGAACCAAACAGUGAUUCUGGUAAAAAUCCUCCAAAGACCAACGAAAAUACAGAAGGCAGAGGUAAGAAGUCCAAACGAAGUACAACAUCCUCCCAGAGCAUGAUAGAGCAAGAACAUCCUGUUCACAAUGACAGAGGAACUUUUUCAUUUCAGUUCUUUUUUAACAUCACCUCGGAUAAACAAGAAGGACUCUACAGCCUGUAUUUCCAUAAGUGUGUUGGCAAGAAAGGGCCAGCUAAUGAUCAGCUGCUGUUUAGUCUUGAUAUAGAUAUAACGGAAAAGAAUCCUGAAAGCUACCUCUCAGCAGGUGAAAUCCCACUGCCAAAACUUUACAUUUCCAUGGCUAUUUUCUUUUUCCUGUCUGGGACUGUAUGGAUCCACAUCCUUCGUAAACGCAGAAAUGAUGUCUUUAAGAUCCACUGGCUCAUGGCAGCCCUUCCUUUCACCAAAUCAUUGUCCUUAGUCUUCCAUGCGAUCGACUAUCACUACAUCUCUUCUCAGGGAUUCCCCAUUGAGGGCUGGGCUGUUGUUUACUACAUCACUCACCUACUGAAGGGAGCUCUUCUGUUCAUCACUAUCGCCCUCAUUGGCACAGGCUGGGCUUUCAUUAAACACAUCCUGUCAGAUAAAGACAAAAAAAUUUUCAUGAUUGUCAUCCCACUUCAGGUACUGGCAAACGUGGCCUACAUUAUCAUAGAGUCAACAGAGGAGGGGACAACUGAGUAUGGGCUGUGGAAAGAAAUCCUUUUCCUGGUGGACUUGCUGUGCUGUGGAGCCAUCCUGUUCCCAGUGGUAUGGUCAAUAAGACAUUUGCAAGAGGCUUCAGCAACAGAUGGGAAAGCUGCCAUUAACCUAGCAAAGCUGAAGCUCUUCAGACAUUACUAUGUCAUGAUUGUGUGUUACAUUUACUUCACACGGAUCAUUGCAAUUCUCAUAAAGAUUGCUGUUCCAUUCCAGUGGAAAUGGCUGUACCAGCUACUGGAUGAAAUGGCCACGCUCGUGUUCUUUGUCCUUACUGGGUACAAGUUCCGUCCAGCAUCAGACAACCCUUACCUACAGCUCUCCCAAGAUGAUGAGGAUGACUUGGAGAUGGAAGCUGUGGUGACGACUUCGGGAGUAAUGGAGGGCAUGAAGAAAGUCAAGAAAGUGGUGAAUGGUUCAGCAGAGCCUCAGGGCGAAUGGGAAAGCACGGCAUGAUGGACUGGACUAAGGCAGCACUUUCAGAGAAACUUUUUUAAUUUAUUAAUAUUACUCUCAGUGGAAAGGGAGCAACUUGCACUCCCCACCACUGAAACUGCAGAGUGGGGUGUGUCUAGGGAGAGCAAAGCAGUGCAGAAAUAUAACUAUUCCUUUGAUCAUAAGAAAAUGGGAUCUCCUGGUACCUGCAAGGAGCGUGAAGCUUUCCUAGGGAUUUUGGGUAGCUUUUUUUUCCCUCCCUCUCUGGAUCGGUUCUUUAUUCUGAAUUGUUGCGUUCCUCAGAAUGUGUAAUACUAAUGUGAAGAGGGCUCUUCAGUGUGUAUGUAAAGAAUAUAUUUUAUAUAAUGCUCAUAUACACACACACACACACUUGCUAUGUAACAUGAAUGCUGGGACUUGCAAAGCCUGUCAGAAGGUGGGAAAAGAAGAUAAAGACAUGUAAGUAUUUUUUUUCUUUUUAUAAACUCCUUUUGGCUUGGACGAAGCAUUGCAAACCAAGUGGAUAGGAACAACUGCAGUUAUUUGAGAGACUGAACAGAUAUUGGAUCAGAUGACUUCUGCCACUGCUCAUGCAAGUGUGAAAGGUGAUAAGUAUCUUCUUGUCUUAUCCCUGCAGGUGUCCACCUGAAUGUGUCAGGUUUUCAGAUGUGUUGCUAUACAGGAAAUGAAUGACUGUUCUCCAUUAAAGCACUAAGCCUAUAGUGCAAUAAGCAUUUGUGUACCUUCUCCACUGUCCAUGGAGUUGCUCUUGACUCACCCCCACCUGACAAGAAGUACACAAGAGGUGUAAGACUGAUGCUUGCUUUUUAGGGGUCUGCCUAAAUGUUUACUUUCAAGCUGUGACCCAGAGCACUUUAGUUUGCUUCAUAAAAUAUUUUCAAGGUAUUUCAAAAGUCACUCCUUUCUGGCACAGUAUAAACAGUACCAGACUCUCCAGUGGAAAUCUGUCUAGCCAUUUUACUGCAGCAUAAAUCUCUGGUUCACAGUUACCCUGAGUUACUGGGCCUCUCUGGAUGGCUACUUGUACCUCUCUGGCUGUGUAGGAUUAAUGACACUGCUGUGUGAGAUGAGCUGAACUGGUCAAAGUGGUAUUUAUUGCCACCAAAAACAAGUAAUUGUAACUCCCUCUCCUAAAUGGUUUUCUUUUUUUUUUUUUUUUUUUUUUUUUUUUGUCUUGAGAGGAGAAGAUGAUGACCAGAACCUUGAUGCAGGGGAAUAUGGAAUCUUUGACUGUUAGCUGCAGACUUGCAGUAGAGCUUUUACAGACAUCUUCCAAAAUGCCACGUUUUCUCUGUAGUCCCUGGGGUUGUCAGCAGGGCAGUUGGUGUCCAGAGCUGUUGUAGUGAAAAUGGGUGUUCAUUUGGGGGAGGAUGGAAGUGGCUCUCUGGUGGAAUGAAGAUUAGCUUUAACAAAAAAUAAAUCAGCUGAAGGUCACUGACCCACUGAAGCCUUAAUAUUCAUGCAGAGAGAUUGACAUGUGGUGCUGUGCAGCCAAAUGCUUCUGCCAGGGUGUCAGGGAGAGGCAUCAUCAGAGCUCUGGAUGUGCCAGCAUCACUUACAGACUCAUUCAGGAAUUGUUUUUUUGGGGGGACUACAUUUCUGGGGCAGAGCUGAUUAGAGAACUGUUAGCCACUAGGUUAUUUUAUUCUUCAAGCUGAGAAGGAUGAUUUCCUCUGGAAUUUUGAACCACUUCCUCACUCCUGAGCAGAGAUUGUGGAGUUCUUGGUGAGCUUGUCUGUACCAAGACUUGCUGUUUUAGGAGCAGCAUCACUUUCCCCCCUUGCCACUUCUUUUCCCAAGUGUUGCUUCAUUGCACCAUGGAGAUGGUAGAAAUAAAUCUGUCUGCUUUGAUGCCUGGAACAGCUUUCUCUUCAGAUAAAGCACAAGAAGAAGAACAUUUGUCUCUGGCUACAGAAUCCUCUUCUGUUUUCCUCCUCAGCUGUAACUUCACAGUAAUCACAGCAGUGAUAGUUUGACUUUUCUGUCAUUGCCUUGCAGUGAGAAAGUUUUAGUGGGACAAGAUCCUGUAUCACUGGAAAGGCUGUUUGGUGACCUAUGGCCCUUUCAGGCCUUCUGUAGGAAGAAGUCUGCAUAUUUAGCUGAAGUGUGAGAAACUGGACCAUAAAUAAACACAGGCAGUCCCAGCUCAUCAUAUGCUCAAAUGCAAUACCUGAAAAACUCAUCCUCUUCCUCUGCAGUUACUCUGUCCCUGUGAAAAGCGUCACUCCCUGCAUCCAAAGGGCUGCUCAAACAGGCUGUAAAGUUUGUUCAGAGAAGCCUGCUGAAGACUUGCAGUGUGUUGGCACUGAGGUAUGUAAGGGAUAAGGAUGUGCUGUCAGGAACAAAGUGCAUCUGGAUGAUGCUAUUCUGGAAUUCCUUUUGUGAAUGAGAUGUGAAAUUGUCAUUCUGGGUGUGGCAUUUCACCCAGAACCACGAGGGCUGUGCUGUGAUCCCAGGGAGUGCUGAGCUGGUUCCAAACAGCUGCCUAUUCCAUACCUCAGCAUCAGUGAAGCUGACAAUUUGGCAAGUGCUGUUACCUUCGUCUCUUUUUCUCUCUUUUUUUUAUGUGUGCUUUUUUUGCUAAAGUUGCAUAUGGUGUAGGUUUAUCUGCCAAGUCCCUGGCUCACCAGUCAAAGGCCAAAAAAAUGGGUCAUUUCUUUUUGUCUUGGCAUGAAAAGCCACAGCAGUAUUCUGGAAGUAAUUUUUUUACAAGAGCUUUUUCCAAGUUCAGCCCUGAGCUUCAGCAGUCAGCUAUACAACCCGCUUCAGCUGGUGCUUUACACAGGAUGCCAAGCAGCAGGAAAUGAUCAGACCUGAGCAUUAGGAAGAAAAAAACCAGUCAUGGACGAGUCAAACACUGAAAGAUUCUUACUGUGGCCAUUUCCAGAAUGAAUUUUCUCUGGUACAAUUCCUUGGAUCAGGACAAAAAUUCUGUCUUGCUAGAUAUAAUGCAUGGGAUGGCAGCUGGGAUGUUGGAGGGUGGAGGGGAUGGGUGCAGUUGUGCUUCUCUCCAGCACAGCGAGUGCUGCACUGCAAAGCAUCAAAGACAGGACUGCUCCCUCCCCUCCUUCCCAGGCAAACCCACAGCAGCAUGACUGGCAUCGCAUGACUCCAGGGCUAGUGGAGUGCAGCAGCUUGGAGCUUCCCAGGCAGGAUAAUCAGUGCUUGCCUUUCACAUGCUGAUGGAUGCUGAUCUGGUAGCAAGCUCUGCCUCUCAGGGAGGGAAGUGAAAGGAGCUGUUGUGGAUUACACAUCGUUUAGGGAGAUGCAGCUUUGCUUCCCUGUCGCUGCUUUUACUGAAGUGAGGAGCUGAAGCAAUCACCAACAGUACCCCGCAGCAGAGUGCCAGGAGUCCUGGAACAGCAGGUCUGGUGCAGUGGGAAUAAAUGGUUUGAAUGCUUUCCCAUAUGCUGCUGCAGUGGAGCACUCGGUCCCCUCUGCAGACAAAAAUGAGAUUGGUUCAGUCUUCACUUGUAAUGCAGGUUAUGCCCCAAUAAAUCCCUGUGGAUGCUGACAUGUACAUGCCACUGCUGCACUCCUCCUUCCUGCUGGAGCUGCUCAGCAGGCUGUCUUCCAGAGGAAGCCUCCUUGCAGUGCAACUGCCAGACUCUUGCAUUCUUCGGGCUGGAAAAUGUUUUCCUUGAUGGUUCAUCAUGAGACAUACUAAAAGAAAGCAAGACAUAAUGGGGUCAUCUGGAACAGUGCUGCUGCGUGCUCUGAGUGGAGCAGUUUGAGUUGAAGAAGCCACAUGCUGUCCUAUUAAGAUGCUCUUUCAUGUUGUUGUCUAACUGGGAGUGUUGUGAUGUGUGCAGUGCAUUGUUCAGUGUUUCCCUCCAGCUGAGUGCCCUGUUCCUCGAUUUCCAUGCUGGCAUACCCUGGGAGAGCAUGUUAUAAAAAUUUGCUGCAUUGCAGCAUUUUGUCUGGAGCUCGUAGUGUGGAAGAUGUAUUUUUUCUAAGCUAAGUGGACUCUCUAGCAUGAGUGUGCAUCCACCAUGUAUCCUUGAGCACUGUAACAUUCCUUCUGGCCAUUAAAGGGCAUGCCCUGAUCACUCCAGUGUGCACAUCUGGUGCAAGUCCUGUAGAAGAUUUUUAGUGUUAAGUCUUUUUUUCCUUACUGUGUGUUCCUCUUAGAGAAAAGCAGUUGAGCCACUGACAAUCAAAUUGAUGAGAAUGGGAGGAGAUUUUGUUGUUUAUUUGAAAACUGCCCAAUUUGAAGCAAAUACUGGGUAUUGUAGGCUCUAUUGAGCUCUGUGGACUGGAGUUCCCUAGCUAUUAAGGAGAGGGAAGGAAAUCUUUCUUCCUUUAGCCUACUUGGUUUGUCUCCUUCAAUUUGACCUGUCAUGCUAGCUAACAGAUUGCUGUCAUUUUAAAGAAGAUGUUUUAUAGCUCCUGUGUUAUGAUCUCCACUCAUAGAGCACGUCCCCAUUUUUCACCUGUGUACAAAGAGUGAGGAGCUGUGGUCUGCAGGAGUGGGAGGUGCAGUGAGGUUUGAGUAUAUUGGGACCCACACUGAAACUGUGACCUUGUGUGUAGCAUCAGUAGCCUCAAUGUUUCAUCAAAGCUGAGGUGAUGCUGCCCAGAGACACUUGACCAAUGUUUCUUUGUGUUCCCUGGGGUUGAUUUGCUGUAAAACAUUCUUCUAAAUUGAAUGAAUUUGCCUCCUUUUUUGUAGCUGCUGGAUACAACACUUUUGGGCUGAUUAAUCCCUUUUCCUUAGAAAUACUGGAAAGCUAUUCAUUUUCCCUUUGUAGUGUCUUGCCUGGAUAUAGCAGUGAUCCAGUGAGAACUGCACGUGAUCUGUGCUCCCAAGUGACUGGAACGGGAUGUAGAAAAAUACCAAUACUCAUGUGUUGAGUGGUGUAGGAAGCAAGUGGCUGAGAAAAGCUCCUUAUGGGCAGAGUGGCUCAAGAACCCAUUUAUGUUUGGACUGCAGAAAUCCUCUAGAAAGGACAAUUCUUAAUACAUAUUUCCCUGUGGGAUUUCACUCAGUGUUCUGCUCUCUGUGUACUGAAGUAGAGUCCAACCUCCACAUUCAGAAGCACUUCAUCCUGCAGCCAGUGGAGCUGGUACCUGCUCUGUUAAAACAGGGUAUGGGUCUAAAUUGCUUCCCUUGCCCUUUAGGAACUAUUAAUAAUUAAUUCUAGAUCCUCUUGUGUCAUUAAGCAGCUUUAGGGCACCUUGUACAAUGUAGCUUUGAAUUCAUUUAGUAAAUGAGCUCCAGAAGAACUAAAAAAUACUUCUGUGUACAGCAAGGUCCAGUUCCUGGGGUUUUGGUGACCUGUAAAUAUCCUAUUCCUCAGUUCCUGUUCAGCUGUAAAAAUGGAUUUUUUUUCAGUAUUUUUUUAAACUUUAUUAAAAGAACAGUAAACAGUAUUUGAAGAGAAGCAAGGUAGAGACAAGUCAGGACAGUCUGUGUAACUUGGUUUCCCUGCUGUGAUGCAAAUGUGUAAAAUAAAGAUUGACCAGAAAGAA